CUUUGCACUCAUCUUCAGUUCAGCGAUUGAGUCGAAGGUUUCGCGCAGCCGUGCAAAGAUGGACAAGAGUCGCGGAUCCUCGGACACAUUCCCUGAAAUCAUCGAGCUUAAUGUCGGAGGGCAAGUUUACGUUACGCGGCAUUCAACUUUACUCUCCGUGCCCAAUUCUUUACUCUGGGCCAUGUUCGGUCAGAAAAAGCCCACGGAACUUACGACUGACAGCAAAGGGCGUUUCUUUUUGGACAGGGACGGCUUUCUGUUCAGGUAUGUUUUGGAUUACUUGCGAGACCAGACUCUGGUGUUGCCCGAUUACUUUAAAGAGAAGGCGAGCCUACUAAAGGAGGCAGAAUACUUCCAACUUCAGGAGCUGGCAAGACGCCUGAAACCUGCGGUCAGUAAGGAGAACUCAGUCAGCGAGGAGGUGUGCCAGAGUGACCCGGAGGAGGCUGCGCUCUCCGGCGCGCUCGCAGGCACCACGAUCACCAGUCCUGGCCCUCGCUCUCCGUUACUGGAUGUGAGAAAAACCGGCUACAUAACCGUCGGGUACAGGGGGUCCUACACCAUAGGACGAGACAUCCAACAGGAUGCAAAAUUUCGACGGGUGGCGAGGAUCACCGUGUGCGGCAAAACGUCUCUUGCAAAAGAAGUUUUCGGCGAUACUCUGAACGAGAGCAGGGACCCCGACAGACCCCCGGAGAGGUACACAUCUCGGUAUUACCUGAAAUAUAAUUUCCUGGAGCAAGCCUUUGACAGGCUGGAGGAGAUGGGCUUCCACAUGGUUGCGUGCAGCUCCACUGGCACCUGCGCGUACGCGAGCAGCGACCCCAGCGAGGACAAAAUCUGGACGAGUUACACCGAGUAUGUGUUUUGCAGGGGGUAAAGUGGAAUCACAUCGUGAAUCUUUUUGUUACUUUUAAAUCACUUCUUGGACACGCAUCUUCCAUCCGUUCUUUACGCACUACGAAAGUGCAACAUGACUGAUUAGGGAUAAGUUUUGUGCGUAUUUUGUAAGUAACGAUUUAACAAUAAGCUGAUAUGUUGUAUGUUUGCUAGAAUGCAAAUGUCUUUACAAGCCAUUGGUGGCAACGAAUGGCGUCCAGCUAAAAGAGUGUGAGAAAGCACAAACGUACAAUGAGACAAAAUCGGUUAUGCUCCUUGGCAUUCGUGAAUUUAGUACUUGUCAUCAGAUGAUAUGAGAUUACCAUCCUCACAGUUUUAUUAAGAGCACAUGCUAAAGCAACAUCCUCAAGCAGUCUGUUCCAUGACAAAUAUCUACUACACCCCUCCUGCUUUUACAGAGACCUUGAACUUUCCCAAUAGAGAAUACUUUGUUUUCUGUAUUUGCACUCUUAUGUACCAAACCUUUUAAUCUUAGCCAAGAUAUCUGCUGGCUUUACACAGAAUAAACUAAUUAUGAAAGACA